ACGAACAAAAUGCAGAGAGCGUCAGAGCUCUACAUGACUUCAAUAUGAAGAUAAACAAUUCCGCUAUCGGCUCCCAUCACUAUUAGCCUUCAGCACUUCUCCCAUAUUUAGUUUAUAGUAUUUUAUCAGUGAAGAGAAAACACAAGUGCCGCGGCUUUCAGACUGCACAGAGGAGCCACGAGCUGGGUUGAGUCUCCGCGGUUCUCAUGGUGUGUUUAAGAGCAGCCCGCUGCUCUCGGCUGGGCUCUUGAACAGUCUAGUCAGGCUCUCGUGCUGUCGGGAGUAAGAAAACAGACCUUCAGAAGAAAAUGGCAGAAGAGGCAGCUCCAGCUCCAGCUCCUGCUCCAGCCGCGCCGGCGAAAGCAGCUAAGAAGAAGGUUCCCAAUCCUAAGAAGGUUGGCCCAGACCUUGGUGAGCUCAUCGUUAAAGCUCUGGCCGCGUCCACGGAGCGGAGCGGCAUGUCCGCGGCCGCCCUCAAGAAGGCUCUGGCUGCCGGAGGCUACGAUGUGGAUAAAAACAGUACCAGCGUCAAGACCACCAUCAAGAGCCUGGUGGCUAAGUGGACUCUGGUCCAAACAAAGGGGACCGGCGGGGCCUCCGGCUCCUUCAAGAUGAACGAGAAGGCUGUCGAGACGAAGGCUAAGAAGCCAACCAAGAAAGCCGCUCCUAAAGCCAAGAACAAGCCCGCAGCCAAGAAACUCACAGCGGCCAAAAAGCCCGCGGCAGCCAAGAAGCCAGCGGCAGCCAAGAAGCCAGCAGCAGCGGCAGCAAAGAAAUCCCCGAAGAAGCCCGCAGCGGUUAAGAAAGUGGCAAAGAGUCCUAAGAAGGUGGCCAAAAAGUCCACUGCAGCCAAGAAAGCCCCCGCAAAGAAGGCUGCCAAGCCCAAAGUGAAGAAGACAGCAGCACCUAAGAAGAAGUGAGCUGUAAUCGGGUCUGAUGAACAAAAGCUCUUUUAAGAGCCAGCCACAUCAUUUUUAAAGAGCGUUUUCCUGUCGUUUCUUAUUGUCAUUAACAGCAGACAUUUUUGGAUGUAAGAGGAGGAAGAGUAAUUCCUAGUUCAAUGCUUAUUCAUUUCAAGUUCUUACAUAUUCAAUAUCCUAAUUAAGUAUUUUUGGUUGAAUUAGGUUUAAUUUAUAAAUAUAAACCUACGGUAAUUUAGAGGAGGUAAAUAAAGUAGGAAAAGUAUGACGUAGCCUAAGCUAAAUGGGCUUUAUUUAGCCUACUGCUGUAUCAUACAGUUGGUUAUUAUUUAUGUGAAUUUAAUACAUAACGUGAAUUUAACACAAUUCCAUAUUCACACUCAGGCCAGCCUAUUUUUUUAUUAUUACAUGUUUGAUAGCUUCUUGUUUAAAAUCAUGCAGAGUCAAGGUUAGCAAAAUGUGAUGUUUUGACUUAAUUGUGCUAAAAAACGCACUUCAAAAGGUGCAGUAGCAGUUUCACUUAUAGAUAGCACAAUGUUACCAUCCCAGUGUUUCUGAAGACAUCUUAGCCUAUAUAUAUGAUGGUAUUUCAAAACUGAGCUGCAUGUGUACUUAACAUUGUUUUUUAAAACUGAGAUGCAUGUGUGCUUUUACUUUACAUUGUUUCAUUUUAACAAAUGUGAAGUUAUGUAUGAGUUAAGGAAGAUAACCAACAAAUUAGUGCCUGUCAUGCACGGUAAGAUAACAUAAUUGUGACGACCAGAGGGUGCUGUUGGACGAGAUAAGAUGUGGCCCCCUAAGAGGGGCUCGUUGGGGCAAACCAGUACAUUGUUUUAACCCUAUGGGAAGUCACUAACAGUGCCUAUAAGUGUGGGUAGGUUUUUCAAAGCACACUUGAUUAAUGAGGUUGUCCCAUCACCCAACUCAAUAAAUUGCUGCCAAUUGCUUAAGCAGAGCUUUUUGAAAUAUUCACAUAAAAGUAUGUCAUAACAGCCACACCACAUUACAAUUAAAAUCAAUUUUGUGUCUGACUCUGGAGUCAGUGAAUGAGACCACACAACGUCCCCAAAUAAAGCCUUCAGUCCUGGAUGUAUGGCUUCCAUAUGGAUGAAUUGUGUAAUACAUUACAAAAAUCCAGUCCUACAGAAAUGCUGUUGCAUCCAAACCGUAUUUUUGUGUGGAAACCAACUAAGCAGAAAUCAUAUGACUAGUGGAAAGUGUAUCUAUAAGUAGCCUACCAUUACUUAAUCAGUGUGGUGAAGCCUACUCUUAACAUAUACUUGCUUAAUCACCACUGUCACUUUAACUUUAAAAAUUUUUCUCCAUAUGCUUUUGUAUAGUUUCUAUUUAUGACUUUUAUUUUACCUAUCUUCGUUUGAUAUACAUGUAGGCUACUGUAUAUAGCCUACAUCAUAUCACAUUUUUUUACUUUCUCUAUUUGUACUAUUGCUGUCUUUUUGCUGCUGUAACCGCUCUAUUCCAUCAAUAAAGGGGGUAAAUAGGU